GGAAAUUGUUAAACAGUGUCAUUUUGACGUGAAAGAAGUGAAGUGACAGAGACAGAAAAAAACACUCUUUAAAACUUUUACUUGCGUAAAGGUAGUGUUUCAGACUUCCAGCUCAAAUAUAUAGAAAGUUAGUACAAGAUCCAGUGUUCUCACAAUGAAAUCUGUUUUAAUCACUGGAGCAAACAGAGGCCUGGGACUGGGUAUGGUGAAAUACCUCACAAAACACAACAAGGCCGAAAAUAUAUUCGCGACUUGUCGAACUACUUCUGAGGAAUUAAAAAACGUUGCCCAGGAGUACAAAAAUCUUCACAUUUUACAUUUAGAUGUUAAAAAUACCACAAAUUAUGUAGAUCUAUCACCCCAGAUCUCAAAAGUAAUGGGGACUCAAGGUUUGAAUUUGCUUAUAAAUAAUGCUGGAAUUAGCACAAAAUUCACUAAAUUAAAUCUGGUAAAAGCAGAACAGUUAUUAGAAAACCUUACAGUCAACACUAUCGCGCCAAUAAUGCUGACCAAGGCUCUUAUUCCGCUUUUGAAACAAGCUGCUGAACUAAACAAGGACAAGCCCGUUAGUGCUUACAGAGCUGCUGUAAUAAAUAUGAGUUCUGUUCUUGGAUCCAUUGCCCAGAACGAUCAAGGAGGCUUCUACCCUUAUAGAUGUUCCAAGGCAGCACUAAAUGCUGCAACUAAAUCGAUGAGUAUUGAUCUGAAAAAAGAUCAAAUCCUUGUUGCGUCAAUGCAUCCGGGUUGGGUGAAAACCGAUAUGGGUGGCAAAAACGCACCCUUAGAUGUUGAAACUAGCGUAUCUGGCAUAUUCGAAACCGUCGGCAAGCUCGGAGAGGCAGACAGUGGAAAGUUCUUACAGUACGAUGGAACUGAGCUACCUUGGUGAACGAAAAACCAAUUCACAAAUCAAUUUAAGGAACUUUAUUUUUGAGCAAAGGUUUUUAUACAAACUUAAAAUAAAAAAAUCUUAACAAUA